CCAGCAGUGGGCAGCGAGGCUCCGCGACGCCCAGACACCCAGGCCGCGGCAUGGAGCACUACCGAAAAGCGGGCUCCGUGCAACUGCCUGCGCCCUCCCCGAUGCCCCAGCUCCCUCCUGAUACCCUGCAGAUGCGGGUCCAAGAUGGCAGUAAGAUCCGGAACCUGCUGGAGCUGGCACUGGGGCAGUUGGAAGCGGGCAGCACCCGCCACGUGGUGUUCUCCGGGUCUGGCCGGGCCACCGGGAAGGCGGUCAGCUGUGCUGAGAUCGUCAAGCGGAGGGUCCCAGGCCUCCACCAGCUCACCAAGCUACGCUUCCUGGAGACUGAGGACAGCUGGGUCCCUGCUUCGCCUGACGCAGGCCUCGACCCCCUCACGGUGCGCCGCCAUGUGCCUGCUGUGUGGGUACUACUCAGCCGAGAACCUCUGGACCCCAAUGAAUGUGGCUAUCAGCCCCCGGGAGCACCCCCUGGCCUGGGCUCCAUCCCGCGCUCCAACUCCGGACCCCGACCCCGGAGACGGGCGAGAGACAGAGACACCCGGUCCUGAGGACCUGCUCAGGCACCCUGCCCACCAGACCUGGGUCUGGGCUCAUUGCACUUGCUCUGGGAGCCCCUCCAAUGGCUUGACACCCCAACACGGUUUGACUGCACAGACACGGGCCUUGCUGUCCUGCCUCCCUGCCCCCUGUGGCAUGUGGGGAAAGGAAUUGCUGUGGUGGGGAGAAACGGGCUCCUGGGGCUCUGCUAGGGCCAGGUUUGCUUGGGUUCAACUUCCCGAACAGAGGCCUCCAGACAGAGAAAUAAAGCCUCUUGUUUGAUGA